AUGACUCGGAAACCUGUCGACGAGGAGCGCGAGCGCGAGCGCAUCCGUGACCUGUCGAGAUACUACUGCACGGUCCUAAAAUCAACGCCCGCAGGGGUCACCGCGCCCACCGGCGACGACCAACCGUCGAGUUGCGAAUUGGCCCAGGAUAUCACUCUCACCGCCCUAGCCCAACUCGGAGUCUUGCGCUUUAAUGCCAAUCGCUCCUUUGUCUCCAUCAUCGACGGCGACACUCAGCAUAUCAUCGCCGAAGCCACCGGAUCGGUCUCCCUCCGAAACAAGGAUCGACAUGCGACGGGGGAUGGGAUAUACCUCGGGGCGCGUUCCCUAGAUCUGACAUGGGGGGUGUGCCCCCACACUAUCCGCCUGUUCACAGGCCGGGAAUCCAACGACAUCGAAUCGGGCAAUGUGACAGCCAAUAAGUCGCGCUACAUCAUUCGGGAUUUCACCAAGGAAGACUGCUUCAAGGACAGACCGUAUGUGAAGGAUUGGCCGCAUAUGCGCUUCUACGCCGAGGUGCCCCUGUUUAGUGCAUCGGGAUACGUUUUGGGCUCUUACUGCAUUGUCGACGACAAGCCGUGGACCGAGUUCGGCGACGACCAGGUCAGGGAUUUACAAGAAGUGGCGGAUGCAAUUGGACAUCAUUUGGAGAACGUGCGAAUGGGCGAGAUACAUUUGCGAACCGAGCGACUGGUCAAGGGCCUGACGAAUUUCGCCAAAGAACACGCCAACUUCAACCCGACCGAAGUUUCAAACGGGGGGCGGAUCGAACUCAGUGCAAAUGCUGCACACGUGGUGUGCAGCGAAGAUUCAGAGACCCAUGUCCCUACUCCGGCUGUGAUUACGACCCUGCCUUCGAACGAUGAUAUUUCGAGCUCUGGGAAAUCCUCCAUGUCUACAGUUACUGGUGAGGAAUUGGGGUCAAUCCCACAGGAUCAGCAAUCUGUAACCGAUCCUUCAUCUCUCUUUUCGAUUCCAGACCCAACAGCUUCGAGUUCGCGGGAGGAAAAGACCCUCGGGGACGCCAUGAAUCCACGGGAUAUGGGGACCCAGGGCAUCGAAAAAGAAAUCUCACAAUUAACGAUUGCGGACAGCAUACCGGUACAUGAAAAGCUUGCCGCAAUCUACUCCCGUGCAAGUGUUUUACUACGAGAGUCUAUGGACCUUGACGGUGUGGUACUGCUUGAUGCUUGCCCGACCAAUUUCGCUUUUGUCCCUGAUAAUGCGGAAGAGUGGGAACUAUUACCGAAAAUCAUGGGUGCUAGGUUCCCGAUUGUGCCGUUGCCCAGUCCACUCGGAUUGCCCCAGGUCGUGUCGCAUGAAUUCAACCACCCCAGUGAUAUUCUCAGCUGUGCAUUGAAGCCAAACGGCGACAAAGUUGAAUCUAAUCCCGCCCCGAAAAUUCCAAAAGGACUAUUGCAUCGCCUUCUCAGGGCUUGCCCGCAGGGCCAGGUAAUAGUUUUCGACAACAUUGCCGAGGAAGACUAUUGGACCUACGGCUGCACAAACCCUUCCAAGCCGAUAUCCGACCCUGUCAGUUUGCCGUUGCUAUCCAAGCAAUUAUCACAACAUAUUCCCGAUGCCAAAUCGGCUAUUUUCUUGCCUCUGUGGGAUUGGAACAAAUCCCGUUGGCUUUCUGGUGUGUUGGCGUGGACGAAGAGUAGUUUCCGAGCAUUGGGGCUUGAGGAGCUGCACUACUUUAAUGUCUUUGGCGACUCAAUCAUCUCCGAAGUUGCCCGUAUUCACUGGGCAACCGACGAGCGAUCCAAGUUCGACUUCAUUUCCUCUGUCAGUCACGAGCUGAGGUCUCCGUUGCAUGGAAUCCUGGCAAGUGCAGAGUUACUGAAUGCAACCUCUCUCGACGGAGUGCAAAGCGACAUGGUCAGUAUGAUUGAAAAGUCUGGACUGACUCUACUCGAUACAACAAAUCACAUGCUGGACUUUUGCAAGGUCACCAAUCUACGCCAUUCGAGAAAGGUUAGCCUUGGGUCUGACAGCGAGGGCGCCAACCUUGUUUCCGAUUUAGACCUCAGUGAAUUGGUGGAAGAGGUCGCGAACAUAAUGUAUACCGGCCAUCGAGCACCAGUGAGAGUCACUCAAAACUCCCGCAAGAUGUCAUCCGACGCGGAUGUGGCAGACUCAAACCCUACGCAAAUCAGUCCCACUGGCCAGGUCUCUGUCGUCGUACGCAUUGGUGAAUUCAACGACUGGAAGAUUCGAUCGCUCGCAGGGGCCUGGAGAAGAAUCGUCAUGAAUCUCCUCGGCAAUGCAACCAAGUGGACUGAGAUUGGAUUCAUUGAGCUAUCUUUAUCAAAGAUCAAAAAUUCGGCUGACUCCCGGCCUCUUGCCCACUUGUCCAUCACAGACACCGGUCGAGGAAUUGCGGCCGACUUCCUCAAGCACAAGUUGUUUGUCCCAUUCUCACAAGAAGAUCCACUAUCCGAGGGCGUGGGACUGGGUCUCAGCACUGUCCAUCAAUUGGUGACGUCUUUGGGGGGCCACAUUAAUAUUCGGAGUGAGAUCGGCAUUGGAACACAAGCAGAUGUCUAUAUUCCCGUUGAAAAUCUUGACACCGAGACCGAUGGACAUCUGAUUCCCACUCCAGAAUGUCCCAGCAAAGUACCAGGCCCCAUCCACGCGUGCUUGGUCGGCUUCAACGAUUACCCCGAUCUCACCGAACCGCCGACCGGAAUACUCACUAUUGAGGAGAAACGGAAACUCUGCAUACAAAGCACACUGAGCAGUAUAUUCACCAAGAAUCUCGGAUGGGACAUCUCCCUCGCUGAUUCUAUUGAAAAAGCACAAGGUCAAGUCAUCGUCAUCGAAGAAGAUUCCUUCGGUCGCUUAAUGACACAGCGCCAACAAGACGUCACGGAAAUGGCGGCUGAACUCGGAGUGAACUUUUUCAUCGUACUUUGUGACAGCGUGCCAGUCACCCCAGAAAUCCCAUCAGCGAACCUCAUUUGUGUUUCUCAACCACUUGGACCACAGAAAGUCUCAAAUGCCGUCCAGCGAAUCAUUACUUUGCGCGAACAAACGUCGUUAGCUACUUCACUCGAAAUAUCCGACCUCACCCAGUCGGCGGUUUCUCAUCCUACGGAAAAUAACACGUCGCAUGCUAUCUUGGAUACGGAUGAGCCAAUAUUGCUUGCUCCUGCGAAAGAAACCAUGAACAUUGUCGCACCUCCGGCCGUAUCUGUACCCCGCUCAUUCAGCAAGCAAGCUCUAGCGCAUGUUCUCAUUGUGGAUGACAACGACAUAAAUCUGAAGAUUAUGGCCACCUAUAUGACAAGAAUAAACUGCACCUUCGAGACAGCCAGCAACGGUCUCAUCGCAUUCGAGAAAUUCAAGUCAUCCCCAUCUCGAUUCGAUUUUGUCUUGAUGGACAUCUCAAUGCCAGUAAUGGAUGGUCUGGUCUCCACCAGCAAAAUUCGCGAAUACGAACGAGCAGCAGGCCUCGUACCCACUUGCAUCAUGGCCUUGACGGGGGUUUCCUCUGCAGGCUUCCAGCAUCAGGCGUACUCUGUUGGCGUUGACAAUUACCUCAUCAAGCCCCUCUCUCUUCACGAACUCAGAACUCUUAUGAAUCUUGCAUGA